AUGGGUCAUCAUUCUUGCUGCAACCAACAGAAGGUUAAGCGAGGGCUUUGGUCCCCCGAGGAAGAUGAGAAACUCAUUAGAUACAUUACCACUCAUGGCUAUGGCUGCUGGAGUGAAGUUCCAGAGAAAGCAGGGCUUCAAAGAUGUGGUAAGAGUUGUCGCCUGAGAUGGAUUAAUUAUUUGAGGCCUGAUAUUAGAAGAGGCAGGUUUACACCUGAGGAGGAGAAGUUAAUUAUAAGCCUUCAUGGGGUCGUUGGCAACAGAUGGGCUCACAUUGCAAGCCACUUGCCUGGUAGGACUGACAAUGAAAUAAAGAACUAUUGGAAUUCAUGGAUCAAAAAGAAAAUACGAAAGCCUUCGGUGCCUUCAAUGAGCACUUCACAAAGUGUUGAUCAUACCCUGUUCAAUUAUAAUUCGAAUCAACUAGAUCACUUUGUCAACCAAGAAAAUAUAACAGCAAAACCACCACCGGUACAAGAAACCCUAUUUUCUUCCACAUGCCCGCUAUUUAUGUUUGACACUAGUUCACUAGAUGGGACAACAGCAGAUACCAAUGUACGAGGAGAACUCUUUCAAGAUACUAUGGGUUUGAGCUCUGAAACGUGGAACUUAAGCCACCAUCAAGUCCAAGCCCUUCCUCCUCAUCCAGCGGCAAAUUUUACAGCAGCUGCAGUCAUGGAUAAUACGAAUUAUCUACCACCAUUGUUAGAGAACGUGGAAAACAUGGUGCCAAUUGAAGUACAGUCUUGCAAUAUGGACGAGGAAAGAGAAAUAGCACUGGAGUGCUUGCAGAGACAAGAGUUGAAUGAGUGGGUUGAGACCCAACAACAUUGUCCUAGCUUUCUUUUCUGGGACAGUGUUGAAGGACAACUUGGAGGGGAAGAACUACCUCCAAAUUCAUCAAAUAUGGGAACAAACACACUUUCUCCUUUUCCUUACAAAGGGAUAAAGAUCAUCACUGAGAAGAACCGUAGAGAGAUAUGCAAAUACCUCUUCCAAGAGGGAGUUUGCUUUGCGAAGAAGGACUACAAUCUGGCAAAGCACCCGGAGAUUGAUGUGCCGAAUCUUCAGGUGAUAAAGCUGAUGCAAAGUUUCAAAUCGAGGGAGUACGUGAGGGAGACAUUUGCUUGGAUGCACUAUUACUGGUUCCUAACCAACGAUGGCAUUGAGUUCCUCAGGACUUACCUCAAUCUUCCAUCUGAAAUCGUUCCAGCCACUCUGAAGAAGCAAGCUAAGCCCGCUGGAAGACCAUUUGGUGGCCCACCCGGCGAUCGUCCUAGGGGUCCACCUCGCUUUGAUGGAGAAAGGAGAUUUGGUGACCGUGAUGGAUACCGUGGAGGUCCCCGGGGUCCUGGUGGUGACUUUGGAGACAAGGGUGGUGCACCUGCUGACUACAGGCCUUCUUUUGGGGGUCCUGGUGGAAGGCCUGGCUUCGGUCGUGGUGCUGGUGGUUUUGGAGCGCCAACUAGUUCAAAUGCUCCUUAAAUAUAAUGAAAUCUGCUCCAGUUUUUGGUGUUAGUUAUUUUAGCUGUCAUUGGAGUCAAUACUAGUUCCUCUCCCCCAAAAUUUGUUUGUUCGACAUUUUACUUUAAUAUCCGGUAAUUCAUGUGAUGAAGAUUUUGAAUCGAGUGUUUUUACUUAGUAGGAUGACAAUCCUUGUUUAUGUUGGAUAAUGGAUGGUUUUGGAUAUAGUAAAAAAUAUCCUAUGAAAUUGAGGGUAUGAAGGGAGGUGAAAAGAACAUUACUCUUAAACGGAAAUUUUCCCUUCGAGCCUGCUAAAACUUCCCUUUGAAUUGUAGGCAAGGAAUGGGGAAGAAUUUGUUUUAGAUUUGAUUUAAAAAAAUCAGUUCAAAAUAUUUGAUCAACUUGUAAA